ACUGGGUUCGAAGGAACCCAAGCGUGCGUGCUCUGUACUUUCUUAUCUCUCUCUCCGCCUCUGAUCGAUGUAAGUAUAAAAUCCUCAUCUUUGGUUUUCUGUUUUUUUGCCGAGAAAGUAGGUUGGAAAAUCAGAGAAAUUGCUGACUCGGGUAUUUUAGUGUUUGAAAUUUCAUAUUUGAUAGUGAUAAUCUGUUGUUAAACAAUGAGAGAGAUCCUUCACAUUCAGGGUGGACAAUGUGGGAACCAGAUCGGUGCUAAGUUCUGGGAAGUGGUCUGUGAUGAGCACGGUAUUGAUCCGACAGGACGAUACAAUGGAAACUCUAAUAUGCAACUGGAGUGUGUGAAUGUCUAUUACAAUGAGGCUUCGUGUGGGCGAUUUGUCCCGCGUGCUGUGCUCAUGGAUCUGGAACCAAGUACUAUGGACAGUGCCAGGACUGGUCCCUACGGUCAGAUCUUCAGGCCUGAUAACUUUGUGUUUGGUCAAUCUGGCGCUGGUAACAACUGGGCUAAGGGCCAUUACACUGAGGGAGCUGAGCUCAUUGAUGUUGUUCUUGAUAUUGUGAGAAAGGAGGCAGAGAACUGUGAUUUGUCCCAGGCGUUGGUGCUGGGUUCCUUUGAACCCACUGAUGUUCUGAUGGAAUCUGGCAUCGAAUUACCGGAUGACCUUCUUGAUGCUAUUGUUGACAAGACGUUUGCUGAUGCUGAUGCGGAUGGGGAUAGAAGAAUCAAUAAAGAAGAAUGGAAGGCAUUUGUGGUCCGAAAUCCAAGCCUCUUGAAGAACAUGACUCUUCCUUGUUUGAUGUAAUAUAAGUUGUCCCCCUUGUCUGGUUUUCUUUAUCAUCAGUUCUUCCAAUUCCUCAUAUCCUUUCCUUUUUCUCCAAAUCUAUUAUUGUUUUCUCACUGUUUGAUUGUUUAUUCAAAGGCACAGGCUUUGAUUUUUGACAUCAGCCAGCUCCCCACAUGGUAAACCAUUGAAGUUCUGUUAUCAGGUAUAAACUUCAACUAACUCAGGGUUCUUUCAACUAGCAGAAUGCAACAAAUGGUGGAUGCUCUAGCAUUCUAAGAGGUUUUUGACACAGUAAGUCCCCAACGUAAACCAUCCCACGAGGAGCAAAGAGAAU